UUUCGUCUUUCAACAGUUCCACAUCACCCGUGUUAGCGUUGUUUUGCUAGGAGCUGGUCUCUCACUUCGGCGUCAUGAGUACUGAAAACUGCGAUGCAACUCUAUCUGUGUCUUUACGAAACGUACUAAACUCCAUUCAGUGUAUCAGAGACCGAGUCAGAGAUGGAGAAUCAAAUGAAUCAGACGGAGCAUUUAACCUCUCCAAUUUCUGGGACACUUUGAACCAGGCAGUGAAGGCAGUGUCUCAGGAGGCAACUAAACUCAGCCUGGCCUUCUCAAGACCCCCUCUGCCAUCUGUACAAGAUGGAGAAAAGCUGUCACAGUCCAUAUUAAAGAGCGUCCUGACGCUGUCUGCUGUGUAUUACUGGCUACCCAAAAGCCAAGGGGUGACUCUGCGGCGGCAGGUCAGAGACGCCACUGUGGAGGUCCUGGAGGGAGUUCUACAGCUUCUGGAGGUCAUACUCAGCUCACCACUGCAUAGUCUGACCCAGGAACAGCUUACAUCGACCGGGGGAGUGUGGUCUGCUUGUGAUCAGUUUCCUCAGCUACCAAAAGAAAAUAAGGAAGCUCUGCUGGUGGUUCUGUCCUCUCAGACUGGAGUUGUAAAAGAUGCCGUUGAGGAAAUGGAACAGGCAUUAUCUGAAGCCCAGGACCCGUUCAACGACGUACUCGAUGACGACCCGAACGAAGGCAAUCCUCGAGGCAACCAGGACAUGUACUGGUCAGAGAAGGACCGGCAGGUUAUAGGUCCAUGUCAGGGGUUAACGAAAGCAGCUGCAGCAUGUCUGAGGAAACUCACGGCAGCCGUCAAAGCCAACGGUGACUCUGCUGUACCUCAGAACGUUGCCCAGCUUGAUGAUCUGGCAGACAUCAGCAGGGAAAUUAGCCCCAGCGUUGAUGAUCUGGCCCUCUGUCUCUACCCACCCAUGGACUACAGUGGAGUUGAAAACAACGUGUCUAAAUUGUCAGCACUUUUAAAGAAAUUUUUGGAAAUUAUCAGAUGCAGCCACUUGUGUGGAGAAUCAGAGCUGACUUGGGUUCAGUUCUUAGAGGGAGCCGUCGACCACAACCUACAGAAAGCAAAAGUACUUAUUGAGCUGGACAGCUGAUUUUUUUUUGGAUUUUUUAUUAAAAGACACAUUUUCCUGUUAUGAUUUUAAGACAUGACAGAUAGCCACAUUUAAAGAUCGGAUAUUUUUUUUUAUUGUUGGUUAGUAUAAAUUAACUGAACAGCAAGAAAAGGGAAUGUUGAAAAGUACUUAAACUCUGAGAAAAACAAGACAGAAAAUUUGGACAUCCAUUUUGUUAGCAUAAUUUCCAGUUUAUGAUUUUUUCACCUCAGCUAAUUGUUUUGUUGGACUUUGCAUGUUACAGAAGUAAAAUAUUUUUGUUAUAUCUGUAUAUUAAAUAAAACUAGAUGAUUUGCUUGA